AUGAACAGCAUUCUUACUGCCCGCAUAGAUCCAAAAUUUGACCUCGAAAAGAUUAUGGGUACGUUUAUACACUUACAUAAUAUCUCCUUAAUGUAAUAUAAUCAUUUAGCGAAUACUUUGUAGUUUGGGUGUUGACUUCCUUCUCAAGUAAAAACAGACGUUUUAUUUUAAUGCAUAAUUUCUUCAGCGGUUAAUAAUUGCUGCUCUUUUAGUAGAAUAACCGACGGUUUAAGGUUUACCUACUUACAUAAUGCCUAUUGAGCUUAUUUAGAAAUCAAAUAAUUAACCAAAGACUUUAAACAAAAUUCAUUAACAUCUGCUGUGAGGCAAAAAAUUACAAUAUAUUCGGAGUAAUACUGCAUCUUGCACUCAAAUAUAUGGUAUCUGUAGCAGAAUCUGACAUUUAUGUAGCCUAACGUGUUUAGCUGUAUCGUGUAAAAUCCUGAUAAGUACGCUGGGACAAUUAAUUUUGAAAUUAUUUAAAAUAUCUUAGUGGACAAUUUUAUCUCCUGAGUUCUCGCUUAACUAUGCGUCUACUAAUAAGCCAUUAGUUCGUGACUUAGGUUCGAGUAAGGCACAUCGCAAUCAAACAUAAGGCUGUUUGGCGAAUACUUUUACUACCGCUGCAUAAUGGAAAACUUAAAAUGUGCUGAGUAUUUGGUUGUUAAAAACCUUAUACAAUGCAUUAGUGUGCGCUGCUAUGAUUGUACCAUAUAUGCUAAAUCAGCGUUUUGUCCAACGAUCAUAUUUUUGAAAGCACUUGCAGUGUUCAAAUGUAAAUGCUGUUUGAUCAAAGCAGCGACUUAAAACACAAAAACAACAUACUAAUGUCGACAAACCAGCUUUCAACCCCAACGCCUUCUGAUCACUGGCUUCGACAUUUUACAUCAACAUUUCUUUCUGCCUAAAGCUUGAGAAUCCUUUUCCGAAUUCUGGAGACAAACUUUUGGUUGCGAUAUGUUUCAGUAGUCUGUUUGAGGAAUAAUAUUACAACUUGAACACGUACAGUCUCAACCAUUCAUAUCGAAUGGAUAUUUCAUUCGUAAAUAGUGGACAAGCGAAUCUAAGAAGCCAACUCGUAAAAUUUGCCUGCGGUAACGAACGUGACAUUUUAUCAUAUGGCUUAUUAGAUACUUGUUUGGCCAAGCAUUUAGAUUUUCUAGUGUUCGAAUGAUAGAAACUUAUUGUAUGAACCGGUGUGUACGACUGAUUAAGUUUUUUCACGUUGAUCUGUAAAUGGACCAAGUUCGUUCGUCUUCGAAAAUACAAAAUACUUAAACAUUGCUGUUCCCGAAAAAUCACAAGAAUAUUAACGACAGCUAGAAACUGCGCACGAAUACAUCUACAGUCAAAGCUCAUCAAGAGUCUAGGCCAACUUUUCAAUUAGUUCUAAAGCAAGGAUGUAUGCAUUGUUCUGAAUGUUAGUUUGAAUCCAUAUUUUCUACGUUGCGAGGAUUUUAAGAUUGCUUUGGUUACCCGCAUAUGCUUUUGAUGGACAUUGCAAAAUUACCGAUGCCUAGAAAAUUUAUGUUGUCGAUUAAGUUGCUUAAUGCAUGUUUAAACGUGCCGAUUUAUGUUUUAGAACCAGGAGAUGGUGGAUUCCUCACUAAAAGGCCCUGGGCAUUGACUGAUCCCCUAUUCUGCUGCCUACAUAAUCUUCGCUGUUGCAGACAAAAGAAGGUUCACUGGGAAAAUGGAGAUUAUUACCAGGACCCAAGCCAGUGGAUGAUUUAA